UAUCUUACAAUGUUAACCAACCCCCGCAACAGGUAUAUUGGAUUCGACCAAUACGUCACGAAGACAUUGUUGACAUCGACUCUGUCGAAAUUACAAGUAAAUUUUCAAAUUUUUCAAGAGAGAACUUGUUUUCAUCGUUGUGAUAAUUAGUUGUGCAAUGGAUUUUAUCGAACGGGAGUUGAUUACAAACACACAGGAGCACCACGUCUAGCAGCAGUACCACCUAUUCUAGUUGAAGGUAACCCUGGGGUUAUAUCUUGUACUGAUACUGAAGAUACUGUUGUUUCUCUAUCUAAAGAUAGAUUAUCAAUACCCGAUUGUACCACCAACUCUAAAUGUGAAUACUACGCGUUGACGGAACAAACUCCACAAAAAAUAUUAGUUAAUAUAAGAAAUGUUUCAAGAAUAAGAGAUGGUGGGACGUGGAAAUGUGCUGGAACCAGAUUUAAUAUUUCUUCCUAUGUUAGAAUUGUUGCCAAAAGAGAAUUUCUUCUUGGUGCCGAGGGACCACAGACUGCGAUAUUCGGAUUAGAUGUCAUAACAAGAGAAAUAAAAAAAAUACCCAUAACGCUAAAUGCUAACCCGGUAGCCCUGUCCUUUGACCCAACAACAGACAAGGUCUACUGGAGUGAUAACAUCAACCAUUUGAUAAGAACGGCAGACUUAAAUGGGAGCAUGGCAGAAACUGUAACAGGAUCAACUGGAACUUCUACUAUAGAUGGUAUGGCUGUAGAUUAUAUAAAUAGAUUAUUAUACUAUACAGAUACAGGACCAGAUACUAUCAAUGUUUUAUCUUUAGAUAAUUACGAUUAUAGAUUAACAUUGAUUGACACAGGAUUAGAUGAGCCUAGAGCCAUUGCUCUUCUUCCUAAUGAUGGAAUGAUGUUUUGGACUGACUGGGGUGUCGAUUCUAAAAUAGAAAUGGCUGACAUGGAUGGCUCGAACAGACAUUUGUUUCUCUCGCUUCCAAAUGGAACCUGGCCGAAUGGUCUAGCUAUAGACACAAAAGCUAAAACGGUUUAUUGGGCAGAUGCAAAACUACACAGAAUUGAAUCUAUAACAAUGGAUAAAAGUUCUAGAACUGUUAUUUAUCAAUCACUAAGGGCUCACUAUUUUAGUAUUGUUCUGAUGGGAAAUCGCCUUUAUUACAAUGAUUGGACUAAACAGUACAUUAGUCGUAUGACGAAAGCAGGUGAGCUUCUGGAACAGUUCGGACCAUCUGUUUUGCAGAGAUCGUAUGGAAUGUACGCCUACAAUUACAGCGAGAUAACACAAGGUUCCAGUGUGUGUGAAAUUUCUGAUUGCCAACAACUGUGUUUACCAAAACAGCUGGGACAACAUACUUGUGGAUGUAAAAAUGGUUAUAGUUUAAGCAGUGACAAAAUCAGCUGUCAGAUAGAUAAUAGUAAAAUAAUAAUCAAACCUCUGACAGUUCCACAUAAUGUGACAGAAGGGAGACAACUUGAGAUACAAUGUGAAUUUAAUACAACCUCAUCAACACCAUCAAGUGGUUAUACCUGGCGGAAGAACGGAAUUAGGAUUCCAGGUCAAAGUUCAUCAAUUUACAGACUCCAGAGAGUCCAGAGAUCAGAUGAUGGAAAUUAUACCUGUGCCGUGGAUAUUGACGGCAGUACAAUGACUGCUACAAUAAUUCUUAAUGUCUUAUAUCCACCGAAUGUAACCGUACCACUGGAAAUGAAAGUUAUCGAGAGUACCACAUUGUCUAUAACUUGUACAGCAGUAGCUAAUCCGAGUAUUCUUAGCUUUAAAUGGACUGGUCCCAAUGGCCAAGAUCUAACUAAAUAUGAUUUCCAAGCAACAACACAUACCACUUUAACGAUGCCAUAUAUAGACAGAACUAAAUCUGGUGAAUAUUCGUGUACUGCUUCUAACACCAUGAUAGAAUCGCCAGCUCCUACUCACCCAAUAACUGCCAGAUUAUCAAAGAUAACAAUUGUUCACAUUUUAUAUGGACCAAGUACUGAAACCUCACAAGAAACAAUUAAUGUUACCAUGCAAUCUGACCUAAAGUUAACAUGUUCUGUCGACUCGAAUCCAGAACCUUCAAAUUACCAAUGGUAUAACCCCGAUGGAAGUUACGCAGCUGUCACGAGAUAUCUGGAUUUAUCAAAUAUCAGUAAAAACCAAGGUGGUGACUAUAAGUGUGAAACUAUGACAAAGCUUGUACCAACAAAUGGAGACCCAAUUACAAAAAUGCAUAGUAAAAUCUUUCAUGUUAAUGUUUUAUCUUCUUUAGGGCAUGGUGAACAAGGAGUACGUGGCCAACCCAAGAUUAAUACGACCAACAUGAAAACCGUUGGAUUAGGUGUUGGAAUAUCAGCUGCCAUCAUUGUGAUUAUCGUGGUUGUAGUAAUUGCAGCAGUAUGUUACAGAAAACGUCAUGUUAGAGGUCAGAAUCGAGAAUUAAACCGAUUUCAUAACGCUUCAGAUGCUAGGCCUUUUGCUGGUAUGGAAGUCAGUACAAUAGCAGGACAGUCGAGUGAAAGUCCCUAUGCCGUCCUGUACGACAACAGACAGGAUGGGAAUACUGCUCGUGAAAUCAGUGUUAUAGAAACUCCAACAAGUGGUUCAGAGGAAGAACAUCCUUAUGACACCGUAACAUGGAUGGAACCUAGGGUGAGUGGGCAAGUCGAUUUGAUGAGUUAAAUCUAAGGAUUUUUUAAGAUAUAUCUCCCCGUAAUACUUGAAGACAAGAAGAUUAACAACUACGACCAUUAAUAUAACCACCAUUUAAACAGACUGCUCUUCUACAAAAUAUAUACAUGUACACUGCUCAUUCAUAGUUUGAAGCGAUCAGAAUUUUUAUUACAAAACUAUAAAUAUAAUUCUUUCAGUUGACGCGAGAUUUUCGUUUGUCUGGAUUAUUAUUUCAAAUGCGAAAUAUACAUGUAUUUAACUGGUUCUGCUUAAGUCGAUCUAAUGACGAAUCCGCAUUAAUUCCUGUUUGUAAAUAUAUUCCUAAAAGCAUAUUUUCCGAACUACGUAUACGUCAUGUUCAAUUAUGCGCAUUUUAAUGAUCAUCGUUUGGGGAUUGUGGGUGGGGGGAAUCUUUUGCUUGUCGUAAGGAUUAGAUUGGUAUUUUAGAUCUAAAUGUUACAGGAUUGGAUAAGAUUUUAGCCCGACAAAGAUACCACUAUUGGUUACGUGUCAUUAUUUAUUACGACAAGGAUCAGAAAUACUUCAUCAAAAGUUAAUUUUCACAAACAUUAACACUUUAUGUUACAGCCUAAUAAUCUUUUACCAGUAAAUAUAUCUUUAUAAUAAGUUUUGUGUUUAGCCAGUUUAUAAAUUGCUUGUAAAACGUAGUUUUCAUACUUUUCUAAGCCAUGGCGCCUAGUCAAAAACUAUACCUUCGCACACAUUAUUUAGUAAUUCAGCCUGAGAUGGACAUUAUUACCCAGACAAUUAUUAUGUCCCACUCCACUUCCUAGGUAACACACCCAUAAGCAUGUGGUGUAAGACUAUAUUCCGACCACUUCCUAUAGAAAAUAUCCUAUUCCAUGUGGAGUUAUAGUGGAAGGUGAUCGUUUAUCAAAAUUAGAAAUCUUUUCGGGACGCUUCAAUUGUGAUUUGAAAUUUUCAGACAAAGUAAUUCUGCCCUUUCUCCACAUUUUGACCUCUGUUUUGCAGACUUAAACUUUGUAAUAGCAGGCACUAUUACUUUAACGCUAAUAAAAACUGCCAGAACUUACA